AUGGAUCUCAAAAGCGAACACAUGAAGCAGAUUAGGGAGAUCUCUUUGUUCAACGAGGCGCCGGAUGUUUAUCUCGUGCAGUUGGGUACGACUGCCGAGAUUGUGACUUUUGGAUGUGAGAUGGCUGAAGUGGAUCAAAAUCUUGCGCAAGGGACACUGGCUAUCAUGAAGAAGGAAAUGAAGUUCCUGGAGAAUGCUCUAAGUUGGUUAGAGUUUUUCGCCAGAAAGAUGGAUCUCGAACGGUUGGAGGUAGGGGCGAUUCAGAAGAGGGAGACUGUGUUUCUAGAGUGGGCAGAAGAGUGGUUGGAGAUCACCGGGAGAUAUUACAUUACCUAG